AUGGAGUGGUUCCCAAAGACUCCAUAUGGGAUAAGGCAAGAUAUGGUAAAGGUACAAUCAUUGCGAACAUUGAUUCAGGUGUUUCGCCUGAGUCUCAAAGUUUUAGUGACGAUGGAAUGGGUCCGGUCCCAUCAAGGUGGUGUGGAAUCUGCCAACUUGACAAUUUUCACUGCAAUAGGAGCAAGAUUCUACAGCAAAGGCUACGAAUCAAAAUUUAGAAGACUAAACCAAUCCCUUUAUACAUCACGAGACGUAUUAGGACAUGGAACACCAACAUUAUCAAUUGCGGGGGGCAACUUUGUUUCAGGAGCUAAUGUUUUUGGCUUCGCCAACGGCACUGCUAAAGGUGGAUCACCAAGAUCUCAUGUUGCAGCCUACAAAGUGUGUUGGCUUGGAACAGUUGAGAUUGAAUGCACUGAUGCAGAUAUCAUGAAAGCUUUUGAGGAUGCUAUAAGUGAUGGUGUUGAUGUGAUUUCAUGCUCUUUAGGUAAAGGUAGUCCUACAGAAUUUUUCGAAGAUGGAAUUUCUUUAGGGGCUUUUCAUGCAGUUCAGAAUGGUGUAAUAGUUGUUGCUGGCGGAGGUAAUUCAGGACCGAAAUUCGAAACUGUUACUAAUUUGGCACCUUGGUUGUUUAGUGUUAGUGCUAGCACAAUCGAUAGAAACUUUGUUAAUUAUCUUCAACUUGGUGACAGGAAGCAUAUAAUAAUGGGAACUAGUCUUUCAACAGGUUUGCCAUACGAGAAGUUCUACUCCUUGAUCAGUUCUGUAGAUGCUAGAGUUGCUAAUGCAACUGUUAAUUAG